CUAAACAAAAGUGUUUUUUAUUACUUGAUUAUUUAGACUCUAAUCAUAUUGCUCAUUGAUGUUUUAUUUAAAUUGUAAAGUUAUGAUACUGUGUUACUCUUGAUAUAAUUUACUAGCUCUAUUGGACAGAAAUAACAUGGCUAUCAGAAAGGCAAUUUUUGCUUGGUAAUCAUUCAAAACCUUGAUAACCAUGAGUUCCUUGGUGGAUCAAAAAAACCUAGAUCUCUGUUUAGCUCAAGCAGCUAACCCUCUUGAUGAAGAGGUAAACGAGGAAGUGAUCAGUCAAUUAGUGCAUUUGAUGAAAGAUGAUAAAGAGAAAAUCGGAGUUGUUUUGAGAUUCUUUGGACACAAAGUUCAAUCUCCUCAGGAACUCGAGGCGAUGAAAGCUUUGAAUGUCCUACAAAGCUUGGUGAAACGAUCUGAUAAAAAGUUCAUUGAAGAAGUUGGAAAAUUUCGAUUCCUCAAUGAAAUGAUAAAAGUCAUCUCUCCUAAAUAUCUUGCUCAACGAUCCCCUGAACGAGUCAAAAGAAAAAUCAUUGAAUUACUUUAUCUUUGGAGUAUAGAGCACAAACAUGAACCCAAAAUAUUCGAGGCAUAUCAAAUGUUAAAGAGACAAGGAAUAAUUACUUCAGAUCCUAGCCAUCUAUUACCUAAUACGAGACCGAGUCCUCCGCCUCCUCCAAGACCUAAGGAUGAAAUUUGGGACAAUGCAGAAAAUGCAAUCAUGUUAAAACGAUUGAUACAAAGUGGCCAACCAGAAGAUCGAGUAGCAGCUAACAAGUUGAUAAAAAUGUUGGCACAACAGGCAGAUAAAAAAACUGUAAUUAAAGCCAAAUGUCAAGCAGAAUUGGAAUUAGCUCGCAACAAUGCUCGACUGUUUGCCGAAGUUUUGGCUAAUUUAACUUCAUCUAAUCGCGAAAAUUUCACAGAAAAAGAUCUUCUCGAUGAGCUUUAUGAUAGUUGCAAAAAAUUGCGUCCCAAGUUAUUUAAAUUGGCAGGUGAAAUGCCUGAAUCUGAGCCCCUUUUUGAGGAAACUCUCAAAGUGAACGACGAGUUAACUAAAGUGAUCAAUGAAUAUGAUGCUGCAAUGCAAUUAGUGCCUCAAUCAAAUGGGAAUAACAAUCCAAUCGAUUCGCAAAUGAACAACUCUUGUAAUCUUCUUUUGGAGACUUCAUCAACUAGUGCUAACUUAUUGGAUAUAAGUACACCAACGCAUGAAACUGCAUCCUCUUUUAUUAUGAAUGGUGAUGCAUCCAUAAUGGUUCCUGAUUCAACAGAUAUCUCUUUUUCUGGUGAUGACAGUCUACUUAGAGACCAUGAAACUGGCAAGGAUAAUCUCGAAAAUUCCAUUUCUGCACCUGCACCAGUUGCCACAAACAGUCAAAAUAUUUCCGAAUUGUUCGAGAUGUUUCCAAAAAAUGAAACACGAGGUGUUGUAGAUGCACAUGUAAAUUAUCUGAAAGAUAUAUUGGUUCCGUGUAUGCCAAAACCACCCAAUACACUUAUUUCUUCUUUAAUAUCUUCGUCUUCUGCAUCGAUUUCGAAUAAUGAAGCCAAUAAAUCGCCUAAAAGAUCAUCAUCAUGUCUUGAUGAAUUGGAAAAUCUUAUGAGAUUGACUUUAAAUGCUGGCCCUAAACAAGAUCCCUCCAGUGAUUCAAACAUUCCACUUAAUACUUUGCGACAAAUGGUAAAUCCUUCAAUUCCUAGCAAACAAAAUAUUCCUUCCGAGCCACUAAGUGAGCUGGUUGAACUGAAUUCUGAUAACUCAGAGAACCUGGUAUCUUCAUCUUCAUCUGUAUCUGAUGUUUCCCCUCAAUCAAUUGCUGAUAUUUUUAUCCCAUUGGAGUCAGUUGAACCUGAUAAUAGGCCACCUAUCGUACUAGUCAAUGAAAAUGAAAUCAAGUCAAUCUUAAACUUUGGUGCUAAUCAACCUCGUUAUGAUGUUUCUGUUGCUGUUCUAACUACGACUAAUCUUUCUAAGAAAAGCAUUUGCAAGAUAUUUUUCAAUAUUACUAGUUCUAAGGGGAUACGAUUCAAGUAUCAAGCACCUUCAGCAACUGUUUUAUCACCUUCAAAUCCCUUUUUACCUCCACCAGCAAUCACCCAAGUCAUUAUUUUUGCUAAAACAUCGCCAGAUAGAUUGGAAAAGUGUUAUUUCCGUCUUGAAUAUUCCAUCGGAACUGAAAAUUUUGUCAAAACAGGAGAAGUUAAUAUCUGAGCAUUUGGAUUAUAGCGAUCUUAAUUUAAUCACUGUUUAUCACUGAUUCAUCAACUUUUAAUUAUCAGUGAUAAUUCAAGUCAAUGGCAUGCCCUCAACUCAAAUUUGCUUUUAUUUUUACCUAAUCAAUUCAAAUUUUUAUUCAAAAGUAAGCUACAUGGUAUCGUGUUGUUUAGUUAUUGGCUUUUAUUGUAAUUUAAUUUUUAUUAAACAAAUAAUUUUAACUUCA